UCAGCUUCUUCAGAGUCAGACUCGAAGAGCAGCAGUUUAGAGAGCACUGCUCAGUAGCAGCAGAAGCAGAAGCUCUUUAACCAUUCGACAAUUACCUGAUGAUUGAUGAAAGAAGCUCAGAUGGAUUACGAAAGGAUAGAGAAGCCGCAGGGGGGAGGAUUUUCCCCUGGUAAGCUGAGGAGCAUGCUUUUAGGGAUUGAGAAGAAGAGAAAGGAAGAGGAAGAGCUGGAAUCGACUUGCUCUUUGAGAUCUGAAGUUACUGAGAUGGAUAACAGAGGGGAUAGUACUUCAGAGAAUUGCAGAGAUGUAGAUGUUCUUCCUGAAUGCACAAAUUCAACAACCACAGCAGACUCUUUAACUUCUGAUAUGGCUAGUGAUCGUAGAUUAAAGGAACAUUCUUUGGCAAAUUGGAGAAUUAGAUCUCAAGAUGAUAGUUGUCUAGACUAUGAAAGUGGGCACGAGAGUGUGAGUGUGUCAUCCUCUAAUUUUGAGUUUCAGAAGGCUGAGAGAGCUUCUCACAGAGUGAACUUGGCACCAUUCUCCAAACCUGCUCCUUCAAAGUGGGAUGAUGCACAGAAAUGGAUUGCAAGCCCAACUUCAAACAGGCCUAAGAGUGGACAAUCCCAAUUGACAAGUGUGCAGUUGGUUGGUUCUCGGAAAACUGGUUUGCUCGGAUAUGGAAGUAAGCAAGCAGCUACAAAGGUUGUCCAUGAAGUUCCAGACCAAAAAUCAGUGGCUUUCGAAGAUGCAGAUACUAAAUGUAUUGAUCCGAGCGAAUCUAAGAAGGAAGUGUGGGCACAGAAGUCUGUCAGUUGGAUGCCAGACACAUCUCCAGUAGCAGAUUCAUAUUCUAAGCCUGCGCUUAUGAUGGAGAAAUGUGUGUCAGAUUCGGCAAUUAGCCUCAGCCAGCAUGAUUCAUCCAUAUCUGUCCUUAAUGCCACAACAUUUAUUGCACCUCCUUCUACGGUUAGGUCUGUGUCUAUGAGAGAUAUGGGUACAGAAAUGACUCCUAUCGCUAGCCAAGAGCCUUCCAGGACUGGAACACCUGUGAGAGCAACAACACCAACGCGCAGCCCAUCUUCUUCUCGUCCCUCAACUCCUGGCCGAGCUGGACCUGCUUCAUCAGCUGUUGAUACAACUGAUUGCCAUCUAGAUCCUAACAGAGAAGAGGUGUCUGAGAAGGAACUACAAAUGAAAACUAGGAGAGAGAUAAUUUCCCUUGGAACUCAGCUUGGUAAGACAAAUAUUGCAACUUGGGCAAGCAGGGAGGAGGAGGACAAGGAUGCAUCUACUUCAUUUAAGAGCGUACCCGUGGAUCAACAAGCCAAAAGUGUCAUUGAGACCCGGGCAGCUGCUUGGGAGGAAGCAGAGAAAGCCAAGUAUAUGGCCAGGUACACACGGGAAGAAAUCAAAAUAUUAGCAUGGGAAAAUCACCAAAAAGCCAAAACAGAGGCUGAGAUGAGGAAAAUCGAGUUGACCAUGUGCCACCACAGUUGGGAGUCCCAGAUUAGGAAACCAGAACAGGACUGUGAAUUGGGAUAUUCAAAAGCUGCAAAACAAAAGCAUCUCAAAGUCACAUAUCAUGUGAUUUGUGUAGAGUACAGGUAUAAUACAUUUUUUCUCAUAAUCAAGAUGUCAACAUUAAUUUCAUGAAGAUCUUCUAUGAUAUAGAUGUGGCUUGGCUAUAUGACUGCAAAAAAGUUAGUAAUAUAACCAUAAACAAAAAGCAUUCACAGUGCAUGAGGCUGCCACCACUGCGGUGUCUGGGGAGGAUCAUAGUGUACGCAGCCUUAACCACACUUCACAGAGAGGCUAAGUUAGUAAUACAACCAUAUUUCUUGUAAUUGAACACUUUCCCUUGGAGAAAUUGAGAUCUGAGAGACCAUAUGGAUCUGAACCAUACAAGUACUCAGAGUUUUAAUUGGUGCAAUUCGGAAAUUUUUUUUUUUUUAUUAGGUUUUAGUCUAGUUAUUUAAAAUUAUAAAUCAUCUAGAACGGACAUGAUCAAUCUCAAUUGUAAAUGCGAACUUCAAAAAUGAUUUGAGGCCUUGGCACAAUCUAACUUCGGCAGAAGUUGAUUAAUUAAAUUAAUAAAUCAUCAUUAAUAUUAGAUGAGGAUGUGUUAUUCUCCUUGUUGAACGUGGUUGAGGCCUUGGCACAAUCUAAAGAGUUCUAAUUGCAUGGGGAAUUGGACCAUCUGAACUGUGAAUAGUUUAUUUCAAUUGGGAGUGAAGGGGCAGGGAUAUUGGAUAAACUACCAUGGAAGGUUAAGAAGUGGGAUUAUUUUGUGGAGCAUAAUUGCUCUCCUUUCUAAUAUAGACUUCUGACAGUAUAAUCUAGAAACUUGAAUUGAUUGUCGGUAGAUAUAUCUACUCUUUCUGCUUCAGUUAAAAGGCUUAAAAUCAAAAUUGUCUUUCUGUUGCAGUAGGUUGUCUAUUUUUAUUAGUCCAAUUACCUUAUAUGUCUAGUUCAACAAAACCAGACACAAGGGCAGGUUUGACCAUAAUAAGUUGGUUCAAACUUGAUUGCAAUAUUUGUAAAAGAAAACUAAGGUUUUUCAAUGUCCUCCAAUGAAGGAUUUAGGUGCAAAAAUGUAAUGGAACCAUAGAAUGAUGCAUUUGGAAAUCAUGGCUGAUAUACAUGUUCUAUAGUAACCAAAGAUUAUAUCUUCAAUCUAUUACAUAUAGAUAUGAUUGGAUGGUGAUGCCGUGUGGCCUGGACAUCU